AUGAUUACUCCUGUCCUCCUUAGUGAUGAUUUUGUUUGUGUGGUUUUCAGAGGUGUCAAAAAUGACAAUGAUGAUGAAGACUUCAAGCUUUUCCUGAGUGCCAGUGACAGUGAGUCUUCAGAUGAAGAUGGCUACUAUGACCAGGCAGACAGUUUCAUGGAAGAGGAUCAGCUUGAAGAGACUGACAUUUUUGGGGAGGAAAAUAUGGAUGCAGAUGGGUUCAGGGUCACAGAAGACAGCCCUGAACAUUUGAUGUUGAAACUGCUUGCAUUUAUGCUUUUGGCAUGGCAAGCUGUUUUCAAAAUAUCAGACCGUGCAAUUUUUGCACUCUUGCAGUGCAUAAGACAAUUAAUUUGGCUCAUGGGACAUAUUCUGUGUGUGAACACACUCUGUGGGCUGGCUGGAAAGAUCCCUAAGACUUUAUAUUCACUCAGGAAAUGGACUAACAUCUGCAGAGACAGCUUUAGCCAGUUUGUGGUAUGCCCAAAGUGUAUGGUAACAUACACAAUUGAGGAAUCAUACACCACCUCUAGAUCCGGUGCAAAAAUCAUCAACACUUGUUCUUCUAGACCUUUCCACAAACACCCACAAAAAAAAUUAAGAAGCAAAUGUGGAACUCCUUUGAUGAGAAAGCUUAUUGGCUCAAGUGGUAAAGAAUACCUGUAUCCCAUCCGUGUCUACUGUUACAAAAAGGUCCGUCAGUCUUUGGAGACUUUGGUGAGAAGGUCUGGAUUUUUGGAGAAAUGUGAGCAAUGGAGACACCGCAGCAUGCCUGACUCUGUCAUGGGGGAUGUAUAUGAUGGGAAAAUCUGGCAGGACUUUCAAUAUGUAAAUGGUCAACCAUUUCUAUCAGAACCUAAUAAUUUUGCACUGAUGAUGAAUGUUGACUGGUACCAACCCUAUAAGCACUCCCCAUAUUCAGUCGGUGUUAUAUAUCUUGUCGUUUUGAAUUUGCCGAGAGAGGAACGCUUCAAAGAUGAAAACAUGAUUUUAGUUGGAGUGAUACCAGGACCCAAAGAACCCAAACUCAACAUGAAUGCAUAUCUUGAGCCCUUGGUUGAUGACCUCCGAGAAUUGUGGGAAGGAGUUGUUCUAAUGGACUCUUCACCCUUGGGAUGCCAGGUUUACAGAGCAGCAUUACUCUGCCUCUCAUCUGAUAUUCCAGCUUCCCGCAAGUGUGGUGGUUUUGUUGGCCAUGGAGCACUAAGAGGAUGUAACAAGUGUCUAAAGAAAUUCACGAAAACAUCUUUUGGGGGAAAAACGGACUUCUCCGGAUUUGACAGAUCAACCUGGACUCUGCGCACCUCUGAGGAACACAAAAGAUUUGCAAAGAUGACAGAGAAGGCUACUACAAAGGCAGCCCAGAAGAAACUGGAAGCGCAGUAUGGUGCCAGGUGGUCUGAACUGUUCUUCCUGCCAUACUAUGAUGCCAUCCGGUUUGUUGUCAUUGAUCCCAUGCACAAUUUACUCCUCGGAACUGCUAGACAUGUUUUCAAACUCUGGAUUGAGUGUGGGGUAUUAAGUAUCCAGAAGCUUGAAGAACUCCAAAAAAGAAUGGACUCUCUCAAGGUGCCACAGGAUGUUGGAAGGAUUCCUCUCAGAAUUGCAUCAGGGUUUAGCGGGUUUACAGCAGACCAGUGGAAAAACUGGACAACCAUCUAUUCAUUGUUUUGUUUAAAAGGCUUGAUUGAGGAUCCAGAUUAUGAUAUGUGGUUUGAUUUUGUGCAAGCCUGCAUUAUUAUGUGUUCAAGGGUCAUCUCACAUGAUAGGCUUGAAGUAGCUGACUGUUACUUGCAAACAUUUUUGUCGAAGUUUGUUGAACUGUAUGGAUCUCUUCAUUGCACACCUAACAUGCACUUACAUUUACAUUUAAAAGAAUGCUUGUUAGAUUAUGGUCCCGUCUAUGCCUUUUGGUGUUUCUCAUUUGAGCGGUUAAAUGGAAUGUUGGGACAGUAUCAUAACAACAACAGAAAUAUUGAGGUUCAGGUCAUGAGAAAUUUCCAACAAUGUCAACAGCUCCAGAUGCCACUGCAAAGCGCCUAUGCAACUGAAUUCAUCAACAUCCUGUCUACAAAAGAUGUGGGUUCCUUGUCAAUCCAUGACACCACUGAUGUAAUGUACAUAAAACAGUAUUCAUGUAUGUCAUCUGCAACACUUGUUUUUCCAGAUGUGGAGAUGGUUAAAGCACUACCCCCAUUUAAGAAUGUAGUAUUAACAGAUUCAGAGAGACAAGCUUUGUUGUCAAUGUACACACAAGUGUAUCCUAACAGCUCCGUCUCAAAGGUUGGUCAAUUAGCAAAGACAUGCUUUAGAGUAAGAAGCCUUGGGGUGACUUUUUGUGUAAGAGGCAGGGCUGAAAGGUCAGCGUGUGUAUCUGCAAAGUGGUGUGUUUACAAUUCAAGUUUUGAAGAGCCUGUCCUUGAUCCUACUGCAGAGGUGCGUCCUGGAAUAGUGAAACAAUUCUUUGUAAUUUCUGUGAAAACACAAACUUCCAUUAUUCAGCAUGUAGUGGCAAAAAUAAUGUGGCUGCACCCUCACCCAGACAGGCAUUUCUUUGGAAAGCCUGUGGAAGUUUGGGGUAUCAAGGGAAUAGAGUCUAACAUUGCCUCAUCAUUCCUCCCUGUUGAGCGCAUUACAAGCAGAUGUGUUCUCAGUACCACAACUGUGCAGUUAAGUCACACUAGGGAGAGAGUGUCUGUGGUCAUUCCAAUGUGUACAGUGGUAGAGAUUUAAAAAAGUUGUAUCUCUGAAGUGACCAUUUGUGUGUGAAACAUUUUUGUUUACAUUGUUUUACAUUGUUUAUUUUGUAGGUUUUGUAUUGUUUGAGUGCAUUUUACACUAAAUAAAUUUGCAUAA